AUACUUAAUUAACUAUACUCAUUACCAAGUUGACUCCUGGUGGCUCAGCAGUAAGUCUAAGGACUUCGAAUUGGUAAUAAUUGGGGUUUGAUACCCAUGGUAGACAUAGCACAGGUAGCCCAUUGUAUAGCUUUGUGCAUAUUAACAAAAUAAACAUUACCAGAUUGAUUUUUAGUUUUGAUCUAAGUAGCUAGCUUGCUCUGAUCAGAAUUUAAUUAUAUUUAACUGCAUAUUUCAGGUGUCUUAGCAUGUAAACCAAAAAAGGUGUUGUCAUUACAGUAUUUUUUCAGGUUGAUGUGGAAAAUAUCUUAAUGUUAAUUUAAAGCAUAUCUGGGAUAUUAUUAUAAUGCCUGUUGUAAUUUAUUUACCUACGUUAUAAAUCUGUAUAGUUUUGUUUUGUAUAAAUGAACAGUUUAGGUUUAAGUUACUAGAGUCUGAGUGUGUACAGGCUGUCAUUAUCUUAUCUCUUGUAGGAAGGAAAUGGAAAAAGACUCAGUGCCCUAUAUGUGGGAAAAGAUUUACUAUGACAGGAAACAUGCAUCGCCACAGAAGGGCCCAUCUGUAUGAAACAGUAAAGUUUAGCUGUGUUUUGUGUCAGAGAUCUUACGUUAGAAAACAUGAUUUAUUACGACAUGUACAGAGGAAACACUCCGAGGACUGGAAAUUGUGUCUAGAUUCUUCUCAUAGAAACCAGCUUCCUUUCUCAAAUUGUGAAGUUGGAGAAGAUGACAUUCGUAAUCCUUGGCAUUUGCUUCAUACGUUUGGCCCCUAUCCUGCACUUGGAGAACAUGUUCCUCAGCGCUGCACACCUAGACGGUGUGUUGUGUGUGGGAAACAGAAAAUCCAGAGGAGGAGCAGAAUCCAGUGUCGAAAGUGUGGCGUUGCAUUUUGUAUGGACAAUAAGAAAAACUGUUUCAUUGACUUCCAUAUGAAUAUGAUUCACAGUAAAUGAAACAAUAACAGUUUGAUGUUUAUUUAGGUAACUUGUAAACAUACUGUACAUAGGUUUUUUUAAUCUCUCUUCAGACAUGUAUGAAAGAUUUUAUGCUAUUGUAAUUAGUAAUGACAAUAAAUGCCAACUUUUAUUUCCAACA